AUGGGCCAGGUCGCCUGCUGUGAACUUGCAAUCGCAGCUCCUCGCAGAGUCAAUGAGGCUGAAGGUGCAACAAGUGCAACAAGUGCACCAUGCGCAGCACCACCGGUCCAGAUGCUGGAAUCGCUUGAGUCGAAGCUUCUAAAGGAAGGCUUGACCUGGUCAGACCUUGAAAGGGUGGAGCGUGCCGAGCGGGAGGAGUUGCUGCGUGAACUGGGUCUUCAUGCGUACCUUGCCCACCUGCCCUCGGUGACACUGCAGGAGGGCAACCUGCGCAGGCUGAAGGAGCCCAAGGGGCCCAAGGGGCCCAAGGAGCCCAAGGGGCCCAAGGGGCCCCAGGAGCCCAAGGGGCCCAUGUGCCAGGCAGCACUAAGUGCAAGAUGCUCAGACACGCGAGCGACAGCUGAAGGCUUGGAGCCUUCAGAGGCUGAACAGGAUCACGGCCAGAAGCGUUGGCAGACUCUGCCGGCCAAUCUUUCCAAACUUACAGAAGAGACGAACCACACGAGUUCUACGAAUGCCGACGAGGGGGUCACGAGGGAAGUUGCCGAAGUUUCCUGUGGUGCCUCGACAAAGGAUGUGCCUGAGCGUAGGAAUCCAAACCACAAGACACUUAUGCAGACGCAGCAAGGCAUGAAGUUCAGACCUUGGAAACCACCGAGUAUUGUUCUGCCAGACUGA